CAAUCAAAAACCCUUACCAAAACCCUCUCUCACCUUUUCUUUCUUUCUUUCUCUUUCACAUUUCCUUUUCAAGAAUCUGUGUGUGUCUGAUUCAAACCCAAAGAAAAUGCCGCUAGGUGAAAGGUCAGGGGACAAGGAAUCCCGCUACUGCGGUGUAGAGACGGAGUUCAACGAUGACAUGCCUCAGCUCUUGUCUCACAGUCUCUCUUCCGCUGGCUUCGACUUCGUCGUCGCUACUCUGAUGGAUCCUGCUUAUCGGCCGAGCUUAAUGCAAAAAGACAGUGGUGGAUCUGGUGCUCUGCCAUUUGCUGGGUCAGACUUGGUUUUGAGCCCAUCCCAAUGGAGUAGUCAUGUAGUGGGAAAAAUUAGCUCGUGGAUUGACUUGGACUCGGAUGAUGAGAUCGUUCGAAUGGAUUCUGAAACCACUCUAAAGCAAGAAAUAGCUUGGGCUUCUCAUCUCUCCCUCCAGGCAUGCCUUCUUCCUACUCCCAAGGGAACAUCCUGUGCAAAUUAUGCUAGGUGUGUGAAUCAGAUAUUACAGGGCCUAAACAAUAUGCAGUUGUGGCUUAGGAUUCCUUUGUUGAAGACUGAUGAUGACUCUAUGGACGUAGACUCUAAUAAUUUGGUUGAUUCCUGGGAGCUGUGGAAUUCAUUUCGGAUGCUUUGUGAACAUCACAGUCAGUUGUCAAUUGCCCUUGAUGUUUUGAGUUCACUACCUUCAGCAAACUCACUUGGUCGUUGGUUUGGAGAGUCUGUUAGAGCCGCUAUUAUUAAUACCGAUUCUUUUCUAACGAAUGCACGGGGUUAUCCAUGUUUGUCGAAGCGCCACCAGAAGCUAAUUACUGGGUUUUUCAACCAUGCUAUACAGAUAGUCAUAUCUGGAAAACAAGUACACAGUCUUCCAAAGGGGAGUACAGAUUUAGCUUCUAAUCAUAAUGAUAGUAGUUCUGAUGGUGUACAGAGACAUCCACUGAGGCCAUAUUUGGACUAUGUUGGUUUUCUUUACCAAAGAAUGGAUCCACUUCCUGAGCAAGAACGAUUUGAGCUUGGUUACAGGGAUUUUUUACAGUCACCCUUACAACCUCUCAUGGAUAACCUUGAGGCUCAAACCUACGAGACAUUUGAGAAAGAUGCAGUGAAAUACAUUCAGUACCAAAGGGCAAUUUGUAAAGCUUUGCAAGACAGAGUUCCUGAUGAAAAGGCGUCGGUGAUAACCACUGUAUUGAUGGUUGUAGGAGCAGGACGUGGACCUCUUGUUAGGGCAUCAUUACAGGCUGCAGAAGAAACUGGACGCAAGCUUAAAGUUUUUGCUGUGGAGAAAAAUCCAAAUGCAGUUGUUACACUACAUAGUUUAGUCAAACUAGAGGGCUGGGAAAGCAUUGUUACCAUAGUUUCCUGCGAUAUGCGUCACUGGGAUGCUCCUGAGAAAGCUGAUAUUUUGGUUAGUGAACUGCUAGGAUCUUUUGGUGACAAUGAGCUGUCUCCUGAGUGCCUUGAUGGAGCCCAGAGGUUUUUGAAGGAUGAUGGGAUUUCAAUACCGUCAUCGUACACAAGUUUCAUACAACCAGUGACAGCUUCAAAACUGUAUAAUGAUGUUAAGUUACAUAAAGAUGUUGUGCACUUUGAAACUGCUUACGUUGUUAAACUGCACAAUGUAGCAAGGCUUGCCCCUACUCAACCUGUCUUUACAUUUACUCAUCCAAAUCAGCCAACUAUGAAAAGCAAUCAGCGUUACAAGAAGCUUCAGUUUGAGAUACCCAGUGAUACAGGAUCAGCCAUGGUGCAUGGAUUUGCUGGCUAUUUUGAUGCAACAUUAUACAAAGAUGUACAUCUUGGUAUUGAACCAUCAACGGCAACACCAAACAUGUUCAGCUGGUUUGCAAUAUUUUUCCCGCUGAGGACACCGGUGUUUGUGUGUGCUGGUUCUUCUCUCGAAGUACAUUUCUGGCGCUGUUGUGGUCCUACCAAGGUUUGGUAUGAAUGGGGUGUUACAUCUCCCUGCCAGUCUCCCAUUCACAACAGCAAUGGACGAUCAUAUUGGGUUGGGCUGUAGGAUUUCUUGAUUCCACAUAUUGAUACUUAAAACCAUGCAAUGUUCAGGAAGAAGCCAGUUCAAGGUUUGGUCUGUCAAGAGCAAGACGUGUUUAAAUCUGUCCAAGGUAUAUUUGGUCAACUGGUUACUCUGCUUCUCAGACCUUGGUGAAGUAUAUCCAGUUGCUUUCACAUACCACUGGAGCUGAUUCCUGUAUUCAUAGUAUCAGUCAAUAGUGCUGUACACUAAUGUACAAGACUAUUAAGAUUGCUCUCUUGUGUGUCAGCACAUUGAUUUUCUUUUACACAGGGAAAUUGUAUUCCUCCUCAAUAGUUUUGAGUGGUGUUUUAAAAAAUAGCAUGGCUAGCAUGCUCCGUAGACAAACAGAGGGUUUGGUUUUUACCAUAUAGUACACUGCUACCUGAUAUUAUACCGACUUCUCGACAUUAGAUGAAUUAGUGAAUUUGCCUAUGUAAGCUAGUAGGGCAAAAGUUAAGAACUGUUACUUGGGUGUAGAAUAGUAGGGAUUCCAAUUAAAAUUAAAUUCAAACGUUUGAAUUUAAUUGGAAAACGUAAUGUAUUGCACCUAAAGAACUGUACUUAUAUUUUAUCCAAGCACAUUUACAUGUAGAUGUUUUUUGUUC